AAAGAGGGAGCCGGAAGCGGAAGAAAACAAGAACUCUGCCUCAGCUUGAUCUGUAAACGAGGAAGAUGGAAGAUUUAAUAUCAAUAAACUGCGUUAAACUUCUAAUCAGCGCUUUAUUCUACACAUGCGUCUUGUCCAGCUCAGUGGAACAGAAGAUCUAUGUUGAACUCAAUGAAACGGUUCCGUGUGUCCGACUUCUGAACGCCACGCAUCAGAUCGGCUGCCAGUCGUCUAUAUCAGGAGAUACAGGAGUCCUCCAUGUGCUGGAGACCGAAUCAGACCUGGACUGGAUCCUCAGCUCAGGACCGCAUCCUCCGUACAUGGUGAUCAUGGAGACGGCCUUCUUCAACAGGUCGGUCAUGAUGAGGAUGAAGAACUCGUCCAGAGUGGCUGGAGUUGCUGUGAUCGUCUCAAAAACAGGCCUUGCUGAUAAUUUCUCACCUCACACGACCUGCCCCAACCAGAACACAGGUGUGUAUUCUGCGAGUUACGGCUCUGAUCUAGCGAACUGUAACGUGACCAUGUGGAAUCCUCUGGGGAACGGAUUGUCCUAUGAAGACUUCGCUUUCCCUGUGUUUGCUCUGAAAGACGAGAAUCAGACUCAGGUCAUCCGUAAGUGUUAUCAGGAUCAUAACCUGCGUGUGAACGGAAGCGCUCCUCAGUAUCCGCUGUGUGCAAUGCAGCUCUUCUCACACAUGCAUGCCGCGACCGACACCGUGACAUGCAUGAGACGCACAGACCUGCAGAACCGAUUCAGUAUCAACCCAGAAGUCCUGUGUGACCCGCUGAGUGAUUUUAACGUCUGGACGUCCACUCGGCCCCUCAACAACAGCGCCAAGGGCCACGCAGCCAACGAGAGCGUCGUCAUCGCAGCCACACGGCUCGACGGCAGGUCGUUUUUCUGGGAGCAGGCGCCGUCGGCCGAAGGAACCGUGUCUGGAAUCGUCACCCUAUUGGCCACCAUUCAAGCCCUCUCUCCUGUCACUCAGGAAGCCCCGCCCCCUCGCAAUAUCUUCUUCAGCUUCUUCCAAGGGGAAGCCUUUGACUACAUCGGCAGCUCAAAAAUGGUGUAUGACAUGGAAAGAAAUGAUUUUGUUAUUGACUUGAACAAUGUGCACUCCAUGCUGGAAAUUGGGCAGGUUGGCCUGCGCAGGGGGCGGAGCCUCUGGAUGCACUCUGACCCCGUAUCCCGCCAAAACAAGAGUGUGGACACAGAGGUGUCGGCGAUGAUGAGCGGAGUGCAGUCAGCUGCUGCUGGUCUGAACCUCACAGUGGAUCAGCCGUCGGUCAGUCAGCCGUUGCCGCCCUCGUCCUUCCAGCGCUUCCUGCGAGUCAGAGGGAUCCCAGGCCUCGUGCUGGCAGACCAUAACACCUCAUUCAACAACAGAUAUUACGAGAGUCUGUACGACGACGCAGAGAACCUGAACGUCACGUAUCCUCCCGACCUGAGUCCAGACGAGCAGCUGGUGUACGAGACAGACGCGGCCAAGUCUCUGGCUGAAGUGGCCACACUAGUCGCCCGCUCACUUUACAUCCAGGCCGGAGGAGAAAAAAAAAACCUGAACAACAUCACCGCCGACCCCAAGAUCGUGAGUCACACGACCAGCACUAACAACAGACACACACGGUCGCUGCUGCCUCCUGAAGUCACUAAGAAAGGAGACAACAGCAUUCUGAGCUCUGGUCCUCCUCAGUUCUACAUCGGACUCGGUCCUCGCAUCCACGGCCCAGUUCACAGCGUCACACGCUUCGUUCAGUACAUUCUGGCUAAUCUGACGGGAACCGUCACCAACCUCACGGAGAGCCAGUGCCAGAAUCCCAGCGAGGUCAACACCGAGAACAAAGAUUUGUUCUCGUAUUUCUGGGUGUCGGGUCCGGCGUCAGUCAACAACACCGGAGAGCCGUUCUGCGUCCGAGCGUCUGUGCGUCUCUCCAAAGCCGUCUCUCCCGCCUUCGAGCUUCUGGAGUACGGCUCUCCAAAUUAUUCCACAUGGACCGAGUCCCGCUGGAAGAGCAUCCGAGCGCGCAUCUUUCUGGUGGCCAGCAGAGAACUGGAGAUGUUAACACUGGGGGUGGGCGUGGCCGUGCUGCUGCUGUCUCUAUUGGUUACGUACUUCAUCAGCUCGAAGGCGGAGCUUCUGUUUAGCUCCGCCCGUGAAACGCCCGCGACGACCUACUGACCUACAGAACAAAUCCAGAGUCCAGAAUCUCCAGCCGCUCAUUCAUUCAUUCAUAAUCCCUACAACACAGAAACACACUUCAGUUCACGACUAAUUUAUUCAAAUCUGACCGGAUUCUUGUUGGUCUGAACUGGUCUGGACUCUCCUGGAAAGUUGUUCAUAUUUUUUUUGUCUUUUUUUUAUAAUUCCAGAUGUUUUUUCUGAUCAUGACAUGGACGGGCACAAAACUAAAAGCUGAUUUUAAGUGUUUAAGAUGAGAAUAAGUGUGUGUGUGAGUCUGAGUCUGUGUCUGUGAGUGAUAGUGUGUGUGUGUGUGUCUGUGA